UGCCUCGUAAAGUCGAAACCCUCCAAGGAACUCCAAUAUUGAACAUUGUAAAGUUUCGGCCACCACCCUUUGGUCGUGGAUGACAGGUCGAUAUUCGACAAUCGGCAUCCAUUCAGUGAGCAUUUCGUGCAUUUCAUCGCCAUCUGCUCGUUGGCGGUCUUCAGUACGUCCGCCUCAGGAGGGAAUACGUCCGUCAUACCCUUAUGUAGGAUGAUGCAGGAGGCCAAUCGCUCCGUCCCCAAAUGACGCUAACACGACACAUUGUAAAAUUGCUUGAUCGCUUGAUCAAUCAUGCCCUUUGACUCUUUGGUCCAGACCCCUUGUGCACUGGGAGCAUCAUGGAUCUUUCCGUGCAUCGUGUUGCUCUUACAACGCUGCAAAGGCUCUCCAAAAGAUCCGCGUCUACAACUGCAGUUUGAGGGACAAUCAAUGACGUCUGAGACUGGCAUAUGUUCCUUUACUGACAAAAAUGGUUUGCUAUGCCUAGACGAGCAAUGCAUCAGAUUAGGAGAAGUGGGCAGCAAGCGUCGCUUUCAGGGCACACUGGUGAGCUGCUGGCUUGCUUGGCUGCAUCUGUACCGAGUGCAAGCACUUCGUCCUGCUACGCAGACAGGCAGUUGUCCGUCGUUCCCGGGUACUGACUGCUGUCGAGCCUAGCCUUCCCAGGGCAGCUGGCUGAAUGCUUGGCGAGCUCUUCACAAAGCAUAGCCCAGCACGCCGAAGCUUUUGGGCUUUGCACUAGACAAUG